AUGGCGCAGCCUGCGAAUCAGGUCUCUCCGCAAUCUGAUGAGAAGAAGUCGCGAGUGAUUCUAUUUCCUGUGGAUGGAAGCUCCCAUUCAGAGCGCGCGUUUGCCUGGUAUGUGGACAAUAUGAAGCAGGACGCUGACACUGUGAAAUUCGUCAGCGUGAUUGAGCCAGUCUAUACAACGCCUGCGAUUGGGAUGGCUAUGGAAUCUCCCCCCUUACCCGAUAUGGCCCGUGUGAUGGAGGAAAGCAUUCAGGCUGGAAAGCGUCUCUGUCAGCAAUGCAUGCACAAGGCUAAAGCAGCCAACGUCUGUUGCCAAGCUUUUCUGCACGUAGAUAGCAACCCCGGACAAGCCAUAGUCAAGUCAAUCGGUGAGCAUAAAGCGGACCUAGUGGUUAUGGGGAAUCGCGGCGCUGGGCUGUUUCGACGUACCUUCCUUGGAAGUGUUAGUGACUAUGUUUUGCACCACUCACACGUCGCAGUCAUUAUCGUACCUCCCCCCGCUCCGGAAGCAAAAUAA